AUGAGGGGAACUAACUCCUCUUCUCGUGGAUUGAGCAGCCCGAGCUCCACUGAUGGAGCAGCUUCUCCAAACGGAUCUCCAGAUACAAAACUCACGGCAUUGUCACCAGAGGACGUGCGAACUAAAUGUCUCUCGCAUUCGAGUGCAUGCGGUCCGCUGGACAGAACUGGUUUCAGACAAUUUUACUCGACAUCUUCUUCUGACCCGUUUCUCGUCUCGACGAGCGUGUCGAAUCGUCCACAGCUGUCUCCCACGGCAGCGAGCUUUACGCCCAUUGGUAUAACAGAUUCUGCCAGCGCUAAUCACGCUCAUUUCAUGGCCAAAGAUCUCUCCACAAGCAACAUCAGUUUCCUGGCUGCCAAGUCCAACGCAGAGCCCUGUGCACCAGGAGCUCGACCAGCGAACCGCAUAGAGAGACCUCUUCUAGCCUAUGGCCCUAUUGGGAGUGAUCGAAACCUGAGGGAUUGCCUUCCCUCUAGCCCUGCCCAUGGAAAACCAGAACUAGAGGGAUAUACUCGAGCUUUGCUCAUCGAGAACGUCCCCACAAACCUGACUUAUAUGUCACUGGCUGCUUUUUUCAAUCGCCGCGAAUUCACUUCGCUCAAAGGUCCCGUGCUGUCCGGACUGAGCUCCAUGGGCAAGGUGUAUGUCUCCUUCACCGAUUGCCGCGAAGCGAAAAAGGCGAUGGAAAAGGUUCGCCUUCUUCGGCCCGAAUGGCGAGUCUUUCCUCUCAGCCCGAAAGAGUACGUGCAACAACUGGAUCCUGCCCUUCUUCCCCAGACUUCAGAUUACGAAGGCCAGCUGCUCGCUACUGUAUACUACGACAGCCGAAACCCAGGUCUGAAUCAGCAUACAGUGGCACGUUCUCUCGAGACACUUGCGAUGACGUUUGGGGACAUCAAGACGUUCACUCCAUUACUCUCUGGCCAGGAAAAUGUCGCACAAUUUCAUAUCGAAUAUUUCAACACACGUGACGCCGAAAAUGUCAUGACAACCCUAAAUGGCACUUCCGUAGACGACUGUGUUGUUGAGGUCUCGUUCUUCAAGCCAGAUGUGGAGAGUGAAACAUAUCCCUCUCCCCGGAGCCCACGCUCUACGAAGGCUGGUGGCUCGUGCUUUGAUGCGCUAGACGCACCUUUUGCUUCGCCCCGUCAUAGCCGUGCUCCGUAUAUGGAACUAAGCCCUACAGGCCGCUCUACGAUCCCAUCUGGUGAGCAUGCAGGGCUAAUGGAUUGGAUGACAAGAGCGGGAGAAAAUAUCAUUCAUUCUCCGCGGCGCGAAGUUACUCGCUACCCCGAUUUGCGCUUGAGCAAUCAAAACGCUGUGGAUACUGAGCGUAUCCGCCUCGGAUUGGAUGUCCGCACCACGAUUAUGCUGCGCAAUAUUCCCAACAAGAUUGACCAGACCAUGCUCAAGGCCAUUGUUGAUGAGACAAGCCACGGAAAAUAUGAUUUCAUGUAUUUGCGCAUUGGUGAGUCCGCACUCGAACUGGAAGUAAACUCAUUGGCUGACCCGUUGGAUCAAGAUUUUGCAAACAAUUGCAACGUUGGCUAUGCUUUCAUAAACUUUGAGGAUCCAAUCGAUAUAAUUGAUUUUGUCAAAGCGCGAGCAGGGCGCACCUGGAAUUGCUUCAACAGCGAUAAAGUUGCCGAAGUAUCAUACGCAACCAUUCAGGGUAAAGAUUGCCUGGUACAAAAGUUUCGCAAUAGCUCGGUGAUGCUCGAACACCCAUCUUUUCGUCCAAAGAUCUUUCAUACCGGCACUGGGCCUCUUGCAGGAACAGAGGACCGUUUCCCCGGACCAGACAAUCCCUCGAAAAUGCGCCGCAGCAUAGAGAACGCAGAACAUAUUGGGCUUUUCGCGCCACGGGUUGGACAGCAAUACCGGGACGAGCAACGACGCCGUCGGUCUCAGUUUGACCGUGGGACUACUGCAGCGGAGCGGGAGAUAGUGUACGUCCGAACCCUUGCCCCAAGACGCCCGUUCGGCUCCGCGAGCAAUGGUUUGAAAAGCGCACCCUGCACUUAUCCUGCGAUGAAAUUGUGGUACGAUUCGAUCCCUGAUCAAGGUCCCAAGACUUCCUAA